AUGGCUCUCGACAAGGUCCCCAGGAGGGUGGGGGUGGUGGGCUAUGGACGCCUCGGACAGUCUCUUGUCUCCCACCUGCUGACUCAGGGACCCCAACUGGGCCUCGAACUUGUGUUUGUCUGGAAUCGGGAUCCAGGACGAAUGGCCGGGACUGUACCUGCCUCCCUGCAGCUCCAGGACCUCGCUGCCCUUGGGGAGAGGCACCCUGAUCUGGUGGUAGAGGUGGCCCACCCCAAAAUAAUCCAUGAUUCUGGGGCACACAUCCUGCACCAUGCCAAUCUACUGGUGGGGUCGCCCUCAGCCCUGGCUGACCAGGCCACGGAACAACAGCUCCGGGAGGCCUCUCACCGCUGGGGCCACGCGGUAUUCGUCGCCCGGGGAGCCCUGUGGGGCUCUGAGGACAUCACCAGAUUGGAUGCAGCAGGGGGCCUUCAGAGCCUCCGCGUCACCAUGGCCACGCAUCCCGACGGCUUCCGACUUGAGGGGGCCCUAGCCACAGUCCCCCUGCUCGGGCCCCGCACGGUACUCUACGAGGGCCCGGUCCGAGGCCUGUGCCCCAUGGCCCCCCGCAACUCCAACACCAUGGCGGCCGCCGCCCUGGCCGCCCCCAGCCUGGGCUUCGACCGAGUGGUCGGGGUGCUGGUGGCAGAUCUCAGUCUCUCAGACAUGCACGUGGUGGACGUGGAGCUGAGCGGACCCCCAGGUCCCACGGGCCGCAGCUUCGCCGUGCACACUCACAGGGAGAACCCAGCUGAACCAGGCGCUGUCACCGGCUCUGCGACAGUCACUGCCUUCUGGAGAAGCCUCCUAGGCUGCUGCCAGCUCCCCAAGAAGCCGGGAAUCUACCUCUGCUGA